CCCUCUACAGUCUGUACAAUUUCCGUCGAACAUCUGAGAAUUGUUUAUCAAUUAAAUUUGGCGGGAUUGAUUAUUUCGUCAGUCAUGGCGAGUGCAGGGAAAAUGCAACCGAUGAGGAUUUCCGAGUUCCUGGGGAAACCCAAAAGCGCGAUUAAAGAUUCAGUUUCAGAACGAAAAAAGCUUGAGCCAGUUCGAAUAAAACAAUUGAUGGAGUCAGUCUCCAAGUCGUGUUCACGUUCCACUGACCGCAGCACACGCCCCACAUUUUUGAUUCCGAACAGAGGAGUCCGUCGUAAAUUGUACGAGCGAUCGCCAUCCCCCAGGGGUCCAAAAACGUCGAUAUGCCUUCCAAGAUCGUCAACACGUCCUACAACCCGUGCCUCUCACCUUCCUCUGAAAAAUCAAAACCUUGCCCGCCUCUCCCUCUUCCCCUCGAAGUCCAGAAUUUCCAUUCUGCCACCUGAUCCUCCGAAAUCCUCAGGAAAAUCUCGAAAGAGUUUUCUCCUACCUCCGAACUCAAUCGUUAAACAGCACAUGGAUAAAAUUCACGAGAAGACGAUUCUGGAGAGUUCUCUCUCCCCUGAUGAGGAAAAUUCCUCGGAUAAUUGCCCGCAGGAGGAGAUUCAACGGCCAACAGUGAUAAUCCGCUCGCAAUCCUCGAAAAAAUCCCAGAAACCUUCCGUAUCCUCUGAUGACUCCAAUUUCUCCAGGGAGAAGUCCUCCCAGAACCUGGAGAAAUCCAUCGAGAACAAGGAGAAUAUUCCUCCAGCUGCUGCUAGCUCACCACAUCCUCUGACUGAGUCCAAAUCCCUGAGUGUCGAUCCCCAGUUGCUCCAGGAGAGUGCGAAACGCCUCGAGAGGCUGGAAGUAGUCGUCGAGAGGCUGGAAGUCGUCGUCGAGAGACUAGAAGUCAUCGUCGAGGAGAAAAAAAACACUGAGGAGCGCAUUCUCAAGGGUGUCGAGCAGAUUCUCGAUUUUCUGAAAACAAAAACGGAGAGAAAUGAGAAAUCCAUAACCCUGGGGGACGUCGAUGGAGUUUUGGAUAAGGAAAAUGUCAGCUCUGGGGGAAAAAAUAGAAGGAGAUCCAGGGCGUCACCUUUCCAGCGCAGGCGAUCGGCUAGACUUGCUGAGAAGCAGAAUAAUGAACAUGAGGACAGUUUUUCCAGGCUGGAGGAGACCCUCAACGUUAAAUCCACGGGGAAGACCAAGAUCCGGACUCCAGUGACUAAAACUCCAGUGCAGGGGCAGUUCCUGAUGCGCAGGUGCAAGAGUGAAAGGGUUUUGAGGGAGUAUCUCGCGAUAAAGGCGAGCAUGAAUUAUCUGGAGACUCCGGAGGCUGGAAAAUUGAAGGACAUGGGGGCAAACACUCCGUCGGGGAAAAACAGCCUCAGGAGAUCGAUAUCGCGGAAAGUUUUCGAUGAACUCCAGGACCUCUAUGAUGAUGAUAUCGAGUAACUUGGAUAAUUAUUCUGAGAUUAACCCGAUCUAAAGAUUAAUUUAAGAAAAUUAUAUGGACUAUGAGUUUAAAUUACAUGAAAAGUUUAAAUAUUUCGAGUACGUUUUAUAUUUUUAUAUCAGGAACACAGGAGGCAUCGAGGGUUUUUAGGACACAGUGAAGAUGAAUGUGUGGAUUGAAUUUUUAUGGAUAAUAAAAUUACAACGAAUGAAUUU